UACCACUAAAAGAUGUUGUGGCUGCAAAGCCUGAAAAACUCAAUGCAUCAGUGGUUGAUGGCGGAGACAAUUGGAGUGUGGGACAGAGACAGCUUCUGAGCUUGGGGAGAGUCAUGCUAAAACACAGCAAGAUUCUGUUUAUGGACGAAGCAACGGCUUCUGUCGAUUCCCAGACCGAUGCUGUCAUUCAGAAAACCAUUCGCGAGGACUUUGUGUCGUUUACAAUAAUCAGCAUAGCUCACAGAAUACCCACAGUUAUGGACUGUGACAAAGUGAUGGUUAUGGAUGCUGGAUGGGCAAGGGAAUAUGAAGCCCCAUCUCAGUUGCUCGAGAGGCCUUGA